AUGCAAGAUAAUUCAUUACUAAUCACCCAAUCUGUUAGCUCUCUGAAAUCUAUCAGAGUUCGCUACUCGUCACCGAAACUAGUGACCGUGCUUCAAAUCUUUCUCCAUACACCUCCAUAUUCCCAUUAUAUUGUACUUAUCUCGCUUUCUUUCUGUCUUUCUUUUUUGCAUACUUUCUUUUUCUUUCUUUUUCCUUUCUUUCCUUUUUUCUUUCCUUCUCUUUUCUUUCCCUCUUUCUUUUUUUUCUUCUUUCUUUUUUCCUUCUUUCUUACUUUUUUCUUUCUUCCUUUCUUUUAUAUUAUCUUCUUUAUUUCUUUUACCACUUUUCAUUCAUUGUUAUUUUCUCAUUCUUUUCAAUUUUCAUUUUCUUACUUAAUCACAGCUGAUAAUUCUUGCUUGUUGUCUUUACUUUCUUUUUCUUUUUCUUUUCUUUCUCCCUCUCUCUCUCUCUCUUUCUUUCUCUCUCUCUUUCUUUCUUUCGUUCUUUUCUUUCUUUCUUUCUUUCUUUCUUUCUUUCUUUUUCUUUCUUUCGUUCUUUCUUUCUUUCUUUCUUGUUCACAUUCAUAUACGCUCUAUCUUUCGAGACUUGUAUCCACCCCUUUACUGCGAUUUGAAACACUUCUUUUUCGUUUGCUCAUCAAUAUUCUCUUUUUCUAUCUCAAUCCCAAACAUUUGAACAUUCUCAAUUCUCAUUCACUCUUUUCCUUAAAUUCUGUUUUUAUCUGUCCUUUUCUCUGUAUCUUUGUUUGUCUGUCUUUUCUCCUUACUUUUUUGCUCUUUUAUACUCUUUUUUCUUUCUUUCUCUUCUUUCUUUCUUUCUUUCUUUCUUUCUUUCUUUUACUCACCUACCUUUCUUUCGAGCACAUCCUUGUGCAAAUUAAUUGA